AUGAGUUGGCGCGAAAAAUUAAGGAGGGGCGCGGUAUUUAAAAGGUCGACUUUUAAUUUCACAGCGGGCGAGCCUGGAGGAGGAGAGGGGGGUAUUUAUGUAUUAAUCAAAGUAAACGGUCAACUAACGAGGACAUGCAUAAAAUGCCUCGAUGCUGGCAAGGCCCUCCGGGAACGUAACAGAUGCCCCCAUGGUUGGCGGGGAUCCGCCUGUAAAGAAUGCGGUGGUAGAGAUAUAUGCAGGCAUGAAAAGGUGAGGGCUUUUGCGAUUUGGCCUCAUGAAAGACAGAGAUCCAGGUGUAAAGAAUGCGGGGGGAGUCAAAUUUGCCACCAUCAGAGGGUGAGAUCCACUUGCAAGGAGUUUAAAGGCGGCCAGAUUUGUAAACAUAAAAGACAGAGAACUCGCUGUAAGGACUGCGGGGUGAGUCAAAUUUGCCACCAUCAAAAACGAAGGUGGCAAUGCCCUAUAUGCGACCCCGACGGAGAUAUCGCUGCUGUUGUACGAUGUCGAACCCACAAGGCUCUAAAGGGAAACAAGGAGCUCAUUUCCCAGGAGUAUCUGCGGUAUCGCUACCCUGCAGGCCCAUAUUGA